AUGGCAGGUGCAUUGGGCCAGGUUGUCAUCCCGCUGGUGGUAUGCCUGGUGGUGGUCCUGGUGCUCCUCGCCCCGAUCCUGAAGAGCCGGAUGGCUGCACGACCUAUACUUUCAGUGCCUGCAACACUCAUUGCACAUAUUCAUCAACAACAAGCUCAUGCACAUCUAAAUGUAGUGGCCUGUACCGUUCCCACUGACAAAUCUACGGCCACAACUGAAACUUUUACCUGUCCACCGCUGCCAAAAAACACCAAUGCUUGGGUACCUGACAACCCUAACGGUCCACCGCCUCGUCUAGGAGCUGGUGGCAUCCUGGGCACCCUGAUACUUAACCCCAGCAGCGGUCCCACCAUUACUAUUCCCCGGCCAACUUCCACUACCUCCUCUUCCACAAAAACCACUCCUAGCACAAAGGAUGAACCAAUCCCCCCAAAGACAUCAAAGAAGACUGACCUUCCACUGCCUACAAAUCCACCAGAUCUCACCCCUUAUUGCUUCCGUGAACACAACCAGAAUAGCCGAUGGUCUGCCUUCGCCGAAGCAGAAGCCACUGAUGUGCUUGACACGCUUUGCGGUAUCGCUGAGUCACUUCCACCCUCAAAUACUUUUGGACAUGCCAUUCGGAGUAGUGGGGGUCUCUUGGCCUCUGUUACCUGGGCGAAAGAUCAAGCAGGCUGUUCGCCAAAAGGAGAUGUGCCGCUGCAUGAUUACUGUGCCGGCGCCUUUAGGAUUAUAAUUGAAGAGUGCGAUAUGUCUGACCGCCAGGAGGCCUACGGCGGUGCCUUUGUCGAUAACUCGAUGCAAGGAUGUGUUAUAUGGUGGCUUGGUAAAGAACCUAGGGAUUUCCAGGCCCAAGCACAACCAGGGAGUGGAUUUGAUAUCCUCGCGGGGCUGGAGAAGGAGGAAUUCCAGACAAUGCUUGUUGCCCUUGAGCCCAAGUUACCGAAAUUAGGAUGGAAGGAAGAGAUGUUUCCUUGA